AUGUCUAAUCCAGCGACUGAAAGGUCCGGCGAGGACUCCGAAUAUCUGCAUGAGAAGCAAACAACCACUUCACCCGAUCAAACCAAUAACGACCUGUUCACCAAAGAAGAAAAGCCCGCGAAACCUGACUCAAAGCAUGUGAUUAUUGAAAAUGCACUGGAUGCAGAUGACCCAUUCAAGCAUAUUCCCGAGGCUGAGGCCGAAAUUUUAAGGCGACAAAUCGCUGUCCCGCCUGUUCAAGUGAGCAUCAGGACCUUGUACCGCUAUGCGACCAACUUCGACUUGAUGAUUAUUGCAAUCUCCAUCAUUUGCGCCAUCAUUUCCGGUGCUUCUCAACCAUUGAUGACCGUCAUCUUUGGUAACCUUUCGGGUCAAAUCUCCUCAUUCUCUGCUGGUGGCAGUGCUUUGGAGGAGUUCCGCCAUACCCUUUCUCACAAUGUGCUUUAUUUUGUUUACUUGGCCAUCGCCAAAUUCGCCACUACUUACAUCUCAACUGUUGGAUUCAUCUACACAGGAGAGGCGAUCAGUGCACGGAUCAGAGAGGAAUAUCUCGCUGCCUGCUUGCGCCAGAACAUCGGUUUCUACGACAAACUCGGCGCCGGUGAGAUCACUACUCGGAUCACAGCGGAUACCAACCUUAUUCAGGAUGGUAUCUCUGAAAAGGUCAGCCAGAGUAUCGCUGCAAUUGCCACAUUCAUCAGUGCCUUUAUUAUCGCUUUCGUCAAAUACUGGAAACUCGCCCUGAUUCUCUGCUCCAUCAUCGUUGCGAUUGUGGUCGUUUUGGGUGGCUGUGGUAAGUAUAUGGUCAAAUACAAUAAGCAAUCACUGGCCGCAUAUGCCCUGGGAGGAACUGUGGCAGAGGAAGUUCUUUCGUCAAUUCGAAAUGCCGUGGCCUUUGGCACUCAAGAAAAGUUGGCCUUGCAGUACGAUGUACACUUGGCUGAAGCUCAGAAAUGGGGUUUCAGACAGAAGGCGGUUUUGGGUGGCAUGAUGGGAUUCGCCAUGUUUGUCGUCUAUCUUAGCUAUGGUUUGGCUUUCUGGCAAGGCUCUCACUUCCUCAUUGAUGGAGAAGUCAGCAUUGGUCCAAUUCUCACCAUUAUUCUGGCCAUGUUGAUUGCCUCUUUCAGUCUUUCCAAUGUGGCUCCUAAUGUUCAAGCUUUCACCACUGGACUUGCUGCCGCAGUUAAAGUCUUUGACACCAUCGAUCGCGUGUCGCCCCUUGAUCCCGAAUCGGAAGAAGGUGAACGUUUGGAGCAUGUUGAGGGAAGCAUCGAGCUUCGUAAUGUCAAGCACAUUUACCCUUCACGUCCUGAAGUCACUGUUAUGAAGGACGUCAGCUUGUCCAUUCCGGCCGGCAAAAAGACUGCUCUGGUCGGCUCCUCUGGAUCAGGAAAGUCAACAAUCAUUGGUCUUAUCGAACGUUUCUACGACCCAGUCGCCGGUGGCAUCUUCCUCGAUGGCCAUGAAAUUUCUACUCUUAACUUGCACUGGCUCCGUCAACAAAUUUCCUUGGUCAGCCAGGAGCCAACUUUGUUCGGAACCACUAUCUACGAGAACAUCGCGCACGGUCUCAUCGGUACACAAUUUGAAAACGAAAGCCCCGAAAAGCGCCGUGAACGAAUUUAUGAAGCGGCGAAAAUGGCGAACGCCCAUGACUUUGUUAGCGGACUACCGGAAGGAUACGAGACUAAUGUCGGCGAGAAGGGCUUCCUUCUUUCUGGUGGACAGAAGCAGCGUAUUGCCAUUGCUCGCGCAAUGGUCAGCGAUCCUAAAAUUCUUUUGCUUGAUGAAGCUACCUCCGCACUCGACACCAAAUCCGAAGGCGUUGUCCAGGCAGCCCUUGAAGUUGCCGCCGAGGGACGGACCACCAUCAUUAUCGCCCACAGACUGUCUACCAUUAGGGAUGCAGAUAAUAUCGUUGUCAUGUCCGAAGGUCGCAUCGUCGAACAGGGUACCCACCACGAUCUCAUUAACCAGAAGGGUGUUUACUGCAACCUUGUCGAGGCACAGAGAAUUGGAGGCACCAAGGAGGAUGCGUUACCCGAAGCCGAUUCACUUGACGGAGAUGCACUGACGGAGGAGCUUGACGAUGGGGAAAUUCCCGUGGAUAAAGUAAUCUCCCGCAAGCUUUCGCUCAACCGCACCGCUACGCAAAAAUCCCAGUCUAGUCAAGUUCUCCGGAACCGCCAACCUGAGCUUACAGAGAGAUACUCUAUGUGGACUUUGAUUAAGUUCAUUGCCUCUUACAACAAGACUGAAUGGAAACUUCUCAUAGUUGGACUUUUCUUCGCAGCUAUCUGCGGUUGUGGUAACCCAACUUCGGCUGUCUUCUUUGCGAAAGAGAUCAUUACCCUAUCAGGUUUUGGAGUUUCGGCUACGGGUCCCGAAGUCCAGAAAAACAGCAACUUCUGGAGCUGGAUGUACUUUAUGCUCGCGUUCGUGCAGUUCAUCGCGUUCGUUUCCCAGGGUGUGAUCUUUGCUUGGUGCUCUGAGAAACUCGUUCACCGAGUCAGAGAUGCUGCCUUCCGCAGCAUGCUUCGCCAGGACAUUUGCUUCUUCGAUAAAGACGAGAACUCCGCUGGUGCCCUCACCUCAUUCCUCAGCACAGGCACAACCAGCGUUGCUGGCCUCAGUGGUGCUACUCUGGGUUCCAUUCUUACUUGCUUGACUACUUUGGUUGCCGCCAUCUCUCUUUCCUGCGCUAUUGGUUGGAAGCUAGGACUUGUCACCACUUCCACAAUCCCAAUUUUAAUUGGAUGUGGAUUCUUCCGAUUCUGGAUUUUGGCUCGAUUCCAGGCUCGCGCUAAGAAGGCCUACGAGUCUUCAGCCAGCUAUGCGUGCGAGGCUACCUCUGCCAUCCGAACCGUCGCUUCACUGACUAGGGAGGAAGACGUUCUUUUGCACUACCGCGCCGCAUUAGCCGAUCAAGGCCAAAAGAGUCUUCGCUCCGUUCUACGCUCUUCGACCUUGUUUGCUGCGUCUGAAUCUCUCACUUUCCUCUGCAUGGCACUAGGUUUCUGGUACGGCGGUACACUCAUCACAGAUGGAGAAUACACCAUUCAACAAUUCUUUAUCUGUUUCCCUGCCAUCAUCUUCGGCGCCCAAUCCGCUGGAAGUAUGUUUGCCUUCGCUCCGGACAUGGGCAAAGCCCAAGAGUCUGCUCGCGACCUGAAAAUUCUUCUCGAUUUCAAGCCUUCAAUUGAUACUUGGUCGACUGAAGGUGAAAAGGUGGAGGAUAUCGAAGGACGCAUCGAAUUCCGUGACGUCCACUUCCGCUACCCGACUCGCCCCGAGCAACCUGUUCUCCGCGGCCUCAACCUCACCGUUGAGCCUGGCCAAUACGUCGCAUUGGUUGGUGCUUCCGGAUGUGGAAAAUCCACCACCAUCGCCCUCCUUGAGCGUUUCUACGAUCCACUUGUCGGAGGUGUCUAUGCCGAUGGCAAGGAGAUCUCUUCAUUGAACUUGCCCGAAUACCGAUCAUUCGUCGCCCUUGUCUCCCAAGAACCCACUUUGUACCAAGGUACCAUCCGGGAGAACAUUCUCCUGGGUACAACCCGCAAUGAUGUUCCAGAUGAGAGGAUCGAAAUUGCAUGCCGUGAAGCGAAUAUCUACGACUUCAUCAUGUCGCUGCCUGAGGGCUUCUCUACCGUCGUCGGUAACAAGGGAGCCAUGUUGUCAGGAGGUCAGAAGCAACGUAUUGCCAUUGCUCGUGCUCUUCUCCGGGACCCGAGAAUUCUCCUCUUGGAUGAGGCAACGAGUGCGUUGGAUUCUGAGUCUGAGCGUGUGGUGCAGGCUGCGUUGGAUAAGGCUGCUAAGGGCCGGACAACCAUUGCUGUUGCGCACCGUUUGUCAACUAUUCAGCGUGCCGAUGUCAUUUAUGUCUUUGACCAGGGUCAAGUUGUUGAAUCUGGCACUCACGGAGAUUUGAUGAAGCUGGGCGGCAAAUACUCCGAAUUGGUGAAUUUGCAGAGUUUAGGGGACGCAUCAUAG